AUUUGAUCACAGUCUGCAUCUCGCAGCAGACAAUUGAUUGACAAGUUUAUAUACAUUAUCAGACCUUGGCAUAAGGUCAAAUCCAUAAGGGGUCUGCACAUGCAGCCUAUACUAUAACGUUCAUCAGUGUAUAAAAGGAGACGCAUAGGACUCGUGGAGUAUUCUGAAGCCUCAUCACCGGCAGGACAACAUGGCAGCCACGAUCUCCCCGACUUCCGCCCUGUCCGUCAUGAUUCUCAUCGCAACCUUACUGGCAGCUCCUUCGUCUGGGAAGUCAUGUUAUAAAAGAGAUUAUGACGCUAUCAGCAUCAUCCUGGACGGGACGACAUGGGACAGGCGUUGUCAUAAUUGCACCUGCGUCGACGGAGACAUUGUUUGUGACGGUCCAACAUGUACGAAUAAGUACCGCCCUGAGUUCGAGUACAUGUGUACAAAGUGGUCUGAGGGCGGGUGUUGCUGUGAACACGAGGGGUGUGUUGUGGAGGGGGUGACCGUCGACCUGGACACCUGGUAUCCGACCCGUGAUAACCCCUGUGUCGAGUGCAAAUGUGUUGUUGGGCAUAGGCCCUGUCGGUCGAACGAGAUCUGUGUCGCCAAAAUCCCGGUUGCAGUUUUGGAUUAGACACUAACUGACAAGCAGAUGCGAUAUGCAGGAAGAAGAAUAUUUUUCAUAAACUACAUGUGUUUAAAGCCUAGAAACCUACAUGAUUUAUUUAUUCUUGCUCAUCUAUCAUCUGAGUAUGCCAGAUGCUAUUGACCCGGGUUGUGUUUGCUUGUUUUCGACAGUUGACAUCGGAUAUUCUCUAGUGUUGGCGUUUUAUAUUUACUUAAACUGGGUCGAUGUUUGGUUGAUGGAAGAUCCCGAGAUUGAUGAUAUUCUCACUAGCAUUCAUCAGUUAUACUGAGACAAAUGCCAAGAAAAGAUCUGGGCCGAGAUAGUAGAACUGAAAUUCUCUUAGGUACAACAAGAAAAUAAGUUAUUCUAUUUUUUCUGAUCAUUGAAAGGGUUCUGACGAUUGUAAUGAAAUAUUUUUGUUUGUUUUUAAGUUUCAAUAAAAUCUGUAAAUGCGCUAACAUGCCUGGUGAGCCA